AUGGCCGCGAAAAAAGAGUACCUAAAUGCGAGGGACUUCGAAGCAGGACUAGCGGAACUCGAUGCCGAGAUGGGCCGUUCUGACUGGCUCGUCGCAUUCGCCCCGAUUCGAAUGAUCACGGCCGGCGGAUUCCUGGCCGUGUCCUAUUUCAAAUGUCGCGACAGCACGGGAGACCUCGACUAUCUGAUCGAGCCGGAGUUUAUGGGAGACAAAGAUAUUCAGGGCGCCCUUGAAGCCGCUAUCAGUAAAGUCUCAUUUCGACUACACUACAAUGAAGACUGGGUCAAUCAAGCCAUGGCCAUCUUCGUCACUAAGAAAGCUCGGCGGACCCUCUUCGAGCGGGCAGAAAGACAGGGCAUCACGCUGUUCAAGGGGAAGAACCUGCAGGUCAUGGCGGCUCCGAUCGAAUGGGCUUUGGAGCGCAAGUUGAGGCGAAUUCACGCCACGGACCGUGACAGGAAGGCGGAAUUGGAUAUGGUGGACGCGGUUACCUUCUUGAGACACCUGAGAGAACGUAACGGCGGGCCUCUUGACCUGGAACUGAUCCGGACAAUGAAUAUGAACCAAUUCGACGUGAUACCGGAUCACCAGACACUGUCGCAGGUGGCCGACGCAUACCGCCUGAGGUACAAGGAAGAGGUCUUUCAACAGAGGCGACAGUCUAGAGCGAAAGAUAGGAAUCGCCCGAAGGUUAUGGAUAUCGCCAAAAUGCGACUCGAUGAUGCCCAGCGGAUCUUUUUUGUCGUUGAUAAGCGCCCUGAGAGGAAAUGGCCCGGGAAUUGGGAAAUACCAGGACGGGUAGGCUGGCUCGCAGCCGGAGAGGUGAGUGUGCAUAGCGAAGCCAUAAUCGAAAGCGUGUCCACAGAGAUAGCUUGGGACGACGACGUGGAGGCAUUGUUGGCCUCGAGUGUGCGCGGAAGGAAGAUGGCGGCCAACGAUUUCAGGCCGCGUCCCAAACUUGUGGGUCCGCGUGCCGUCAGCGGUUAUGCCUUGUAUCAAUCUGGAAUGCUAUUUCAACAAUCCUCCUUCUCUCUGGGACCGAACAAGGAAGUCUUUGAUGCUGAAGCUGAAGCAGCUCUAGCUGGGGCGAAAGCAGCCCUUAAACUAGGCACUGCUCGUUUUGCCACUAACCUCUGGGUCUGUCUAGAUAACCUGAAGGUGGCCACACGUCUCCUUUCACCCAUCGCGGGCUCAUCUCAAGGGGUUUUCGAAUCCUUCCAAGCCCUAGCCCAGACCUGGCUGGCACGAGAGAGAUUUUCAUAUACCAAUGGCGGCUCCGUACGCGUCUGCUGGGUCCCUGGUCACACACAAAUACCUGAGAAUGAAGCAGCUGAUCAAGCAGCAAAGAAAGGUGCUGCUAUGGACCCUCCCCCUUCAAGUAACCACUCGUACGCCUCGUUAAGGUGGCAGGUUAAGGCUGAUGUCAUGACUGCUCUUCAAAGAUACUGGCAGUCCUCGGCCCCUCAAUCCUACCAAGAUCUCUGGAUUACCAACUUCCCUAAAUGCCCUGCAGAGCUAAAGCUCUCAAGGCCGCUUUUAGCACGGAUCCUAGCUAGUCGUACGGGCCACGGAGACUUUGCAGCCUAUCACGAUCGGUUCAAUCAUGAAGAUGCCUAUCUUUUCUGCCGCUGCGGUACAAGAAAGACUACAAUACACUUCCUCUUCUACCACAUAGCAAAGAGGCGCCUGCCCCGACCUCCAGGGUCCCCUUCUGACAUAAUCCCCUACCUGUUCGGCACCCCAAAAGGCGCAACCGAGCUGGCUGCGUGGCUUUCAGAAACUCGUUUCUUUGAAGAUAUAUGCACUCGGCAUCCACUACCUCAGCUAGACUGA